AUGCAGGUCCGCAACGCCACCAUGACCACGACACAGCUCUCUGAGAUCGUGAGCGUGCAUCGCCCGACAGUCAAGGAGUUUGACUUUGAAAGCGUGGUUCUUCUCAAUGGUGGAAGCUGGGAAGAGGCCCUUGCGCCACUUAUGGAGGCACCCACCCCCGAGACUACGGAGGUAUGGUCGCGUAGCCCCAGUCCUCUCUCUGAGUCGGGUAGCUUUGAGACGACAGCCUCGGCAGUCUCGUCGGCUUGCGAUGAUGAGCUGCAAUACCCCUCGGCCGCUGCCGCUGCGGCGUCGCGAGACUUGCUAGGAGCGGAGCUAGGAUUCGGCUCUGAGCCGGAGUACGACGACCUCGCGUCGGAUAUUGCCGCGGCGCGGGAGGCCAGCAAGACAGUUAGCACAAAACUCACGAAGAGGAGAGUGCACCGCAGGCGCAGGAGGAAGCCCAAGUCCGACGAUGAGGCAGAACGUACCUCGGAGAAGAGUAAAGGCAGCAGCCGGCAUACGCGCCACGAGAGUAGUAGUAGUAGUAGUGGCGGUAGCAAGGGCAAGGAGAGCAACAGCCACAGUCACAGCAAGAGCAAGGGCCACAGACGUCAGAAGUCAGAAGAGGAGGCAGUCGUGGUGCCUCGUGCGCCCAACAGGACACCCUCACCUCCCGUUCCCCUCCCCGUCAUCUCCGCGCCCAUCCUCAACAUGGAUUCCCAGCCCGUCCUGCUCCAGCCUACCGUGUAUGACCCCAACGCGCCGGUGUCCAAGGGCCCGGAUGACUGUAUCACCCCUGUGCAACGCAACAUCGAGAAGGAGGAGGCGCACAGGCUUCUCGCGGAGGAUGAAAGCAUCAGAAUGAGUGCCCUUCGAAGGGCCAAGGAAGCGGUACUCGCGAAGCUCUCGUGGGAGUACAACAAGAGGGUGGCGGGCUGCGCACCCGCCAUCAUUCCCGCCGCGCCAGCAGUGACCGCGGCGACACACGUUGUGUCCAGGGAUCUCUUUGCGCCGGCAGUGACAGCGGCGACACACGCUGUGUCCAGGGAUAUCUUUGCGCCAGCCAACUGCGCAGCAAGUGCGGCGGUCAACAUGGCGCGCUUCAAGGACAACUACUUCGCCAAGAGUACCAUUUCGGUACUGUCUGAUCACAGGGCGCUCGAUAGUCAGACUGCUCUUGUCCCGCUCAUGUUUAGCCGAUCCUGA